AUGGGGAUUCGACCAGAACCACUAUAUCAAGAUGAAUCACAACUGAAAAUUGGAGAAAUAGAACGAUACAUUAUCACCUAUGAUUUAUAUCAAGGUGAUGAUUUACCGCCAGCAUUGAAUCUAAAUCCCUUGCAACUCACACUGAAAAAUCUAUCUAUAUCAUCGUCAAGAGCUACAUACUUGAUGGGACCCUUCACUUUAUAUUGUCAUUUAAUUACAGAUUCAUACAAUCAUAAGAAACGAAUCAUUUCAUCCUUAGAUAAACCACAAUAUGUUUCGAAUUUACAACCACAAUGUAAGUUUGAAUCAACGUUAUCAUUGAACCAAAUUAAGAGACAAUACGUUUGGAUACUUGAUGUGGUAAGUCAAUUGAUUUUCACUACGACGUUAUGUGUUCCCUUUAUACUGACUAUAAAUUACUCUGGCUCAUUUCAAAGUAGUUGUUCCCUCAAUGGUAAGAACGUUGGUCCUUCGUCGUUACACGUGAGGAAGUUGGAUGUUCAUGAUCUUUGGGAUCCAUAUGUUCAAAUGCCAUUAGUAUCAAGAGAACAACAAGGAGAAGCAAAGAGAGAGGAAUAUAUUCACCUAGUCAUAUUGACACAUGGUAUGCAUUCAAAUAACACUGCUGAUAUGUUUUAUAUGAUGGAACAACUUCGAGGAAUAAACGAUAGGAGCCCUGAGGACAACCAUGAAAAGAUAGUAAUUGAUGGAUUUAAUGGGAAUGUAUGUGAAACAGAACUAGGUAUCAAAUAUCUUGGGGAAAAAUUAGCCAAACAUAUUGUUAAUGAUUUAUAUAAUGAUAGAAUUGUUAAGAUUUCAUUCAUUGGACAUUCUCUUGGUGGAUUAAUCCAAAGUUUCGCCAUUGCUUACAUUACAAUCGUUUACCCAUGGUUUUUCAAGAGUGUCGUUCCAAUUAAUUUUAUCGCCUUAGCAACACCAUUCUUAGGUGUUGUUACUGAUAAUCCAAAAUAUGUUAAAGUGAUAUUAUCAUCUGGGGCUGUCGGAAAGACAGGUCAUGAAUUGGCGUUAUUAAAGGAUUCACAAAAUGAAAAUAUAUUACAUUUGUUAUCUGGUGAACCACUCAUUACAAUAUUAUCUAAAUUUAAAAACAGAACAAUUUAUGCAAAUUAUAUGAAUGAUGGGAUAGUUCCAUUACAUACAUCAUCAUUGUUGUUCUUAGAUUAUAAUGAAAUUAUGCAAGAAUUAAGGAAAAGGGGAGUGCAAAGCAAACGACUGUCAUCCGUGUCCUCUCGUUGGAGGCUUCGUAAGAGCAAGAAAGAAGAAUAUACCCUUCCGAAGGCAUCUGUUUUACAAUCUAUGAAGACUAUAUUAGUUCCACCUGAUCCAGAUGAUGAGUUUGUCUGUAAUCCUGAUGCACGAGAAACAGUUAUAAUUCAUGAUAAAGUAUAUACUAACGAAGACGUUGAACGAAUUUUAUUAGAUUAUGAAAAAUUACAAUCUUCAUCGCCAAAUACUGAAGGAGAGCAAGAGGACAGGGAUCCUAGGGGGAAAGAUAUUAGAGUGUUAGAGAAAUUUAUACAAAAAGGUUUAAAUGGUAAGAGUAAACAUGCUGCGUUAGUAAUUGAUAUUGCUAGAAGAUGGCAUUUUCCCGAGCUGCCGUGGCGUAAAGUCAUCGUUAAUAUUAAACCAGAGGCACACAACAGUAUUAUUGUUAGGAGAAGAUUUUCUAACGCUUACGGAUGGGAAGUUAUUGAUCAUCUAAUUGAGGCGCAUUUCCCUGAGGACACCAAGGAAAUCGGUGACACGAGCGAAACAAUCAAUGCCUUACAAGCUGUUACAAGUACCGAUCACAAUGGGAAACAAGAGCUCGAACCGAAUAAGUUGUUUUCUUGGCUUACGAAAGUCGAAACAACACGAACUCACCAUGGCGGUUUGCUAUCAAGAAGUACUAAAUUUUUUGACAGCAGGAACAAAGAUAGGAUAGCUUGA